UUUUUGCCAUUGCAACAAACUACUGGCAGCAUAAAGCCCGGUGCCUGGAGAACGGCUAAUUCUUUGCACAAGGACCACAAGAGGAAGAGCUUGCUGGUGCAUCAGAAGAUAUUUUAGGAGGCGACUGUUGAAGAAAGAAUGGCAGCUAACACAACACAUUUUAAUGAGACAGACUAUUUCGAUGGAAGUCACGUCCCAGACCUUGUCAUACAUUAUACAAUAGCAGCUGCUGUUGCCAUGGGUCUCUCCCUUAUUGGAAUAGUGGGAAAUAUAAUAGUGUUCUGGUUCCUUUUGUUCAGGAUUCAGAGGAACAAAUACACUGUUUACAUUAUGAACUUAGCUGUAGCUGACUUGAUGUUACUUACAGUAACUGCUGUGUUAAUGAUGGUCAAUAUAAACACAUUAGUUGGUAGCAAUCCUGAUUUUAAAGGCAAUGUGGAAUUUCUUACUUUCUUAGAAAUCAUUUAUGAUCUUUCUCUAUAUUCUGGAAUGUAUUUUCGAACAGCUAUGAUUGUGGAAAGAUGCAUUUCUAUGCUUUUCCCUACUUGGUGUGAAAAUUAUCGCCCAAAGACACUAUCAGUAAUAAUGUGUGUUUUCCUUUGGAUUCUUGGAUGCACAGAAAGUCUCAUUGAAAACUUAACAUGCCCCUCAGAAGAUUUUAGGAGUCAGACACCAGUUUGUACAGGAGUAGAGAUUAUGACAUUCACUUUAAGCAUUUGCAUCUGUCUACCACUAAUGAUCCUUUCUAGUGUCACUCUGCUGAUCGCUAUGAAGAAGACCUUCAGGGACCAAUACCCACAAAGACUUUAUAUCAUCAUUAUUGCUGCCGUCUUUAUUUUCAUCUUGUCGGUGAUACCAUUCAACUUCCUCUGGUUUCUACUGUACUUCAGACAUUUACCUUCAAUACAAGAUACUCUUGGCCUAUACUUUGCCAGUAUAAUAAGUGCAGCUCUCAGUUCUACUGCCAAUCCAUAUAUUUACUUUAUUGUUGGAAGAGUGUGGAAACAGAAAUCCAAUAAUUCAAUUCAUGAUGCUCUUCAUAGAGCCUUUAAAGAGGACCUGUUACUUUUCUAAUAUAUGGAUAUACGGCCUGCAAUUUGCUUAAUCCGAUAAAUGGAUAAGGGAUAUUUUUUAAAUUUGCAAAUAAAUGUAUUUAUUCUUA